AUGUCUUCUCCACAGCCUUAUCACACCAUGUUGACUUCCGCUGUAACUCACAAGCACAUGGAAGAUCUGAUACAAAAAGUCAAUCCUCAGCUGAGCUCUGAAACAGGGUGGUCCUUGCGUCGUGUCGUCUUGUCAAAAGAUGCAAUAAGUAGCACUAGUCAAGAUGUUGUUUUGUGGACUCAAUACAGUGAAGAGUCCUCGUCUCCUGGAAAUCCAGCCCAUUACUACGGGAUGGUGCUGUCCAAGACUAAUACUGAGGGAAUAAGCAAUACAGGAGAGCAAGACGACGAAACAGAAUCAUCGUCCACCAACCAACUCUUGAUUUCCUUCUACCUGGCAUAUUCUACUUGGGAUGGACGAUGCUUGCAUGUGGAUCAAUUCCCUUCUCGAGAGGAAUGCCCUGCUACUGUGAAACCAGUAUUCUUGCUUCAGAGUUUGGCGCAACUUGCCAUCCAACUUGGUUGUCGGCGUGUGCUGUGGAUGCAAAAAGGAGAUCCCAAUUGGUCCUUUGUUGUCAAUGAUGGCCUAACACCUACUGAUGGAUCAUCUUCAAAGACUAGUAAUGUCAUCAAGCCAGAGACACUGGAUGAGUGGCUUAUACUCAAACUGGAUCGAAAGGCAAUGGAAUCCUAUGCUGGAGGCUCGUCCUCUGAUAAUGGCAGCCAAGCAUCAGAACCAGCCGCUGAAGCAACAGGAGAAGCAUUGGACCGACCCACCAUUGAAACCAAAAUUCAACAAGUUUGUGCGGAUCUCCAAAGUACUAGUUCAUCGUCUCUAAAAUGGCGAUUGGUUUUGGAGCAAAGCGCCAUGGGGAAAGACACCAAUUCCAUUUUCAAGUUGGUCCAAGGAUUGGCCGAAUACGAGAACGAGCCUGAUGCGGUCCAAUGUCGGGCUAGAGACUACCAAUUAGAUGGCAGUGGAUCACAUCCACUCUUUUAUUGUCUUCUUUUGGAGGAUACUACUACUACUACAAACACGACAUGUGGCAUGGCAUUUUUCUACUUUGGGUACACAUCAAAUGAUGGUAGAUUUCUUUGCUUGGAAGACUUGUAUCUGGAACCAGCCUUUCGCCAAAAAGGCGGAGGCACCCUGGCAUUGAAGGCACUGGCCAAGAUUGGAAUGGCCUUGGAGUGUAGUUACUUAUUGUGGACGGCUUUGGAUUGGAACCAACCCGCGCUGAAUUUGUAUGCCAAAAUGGGGGCCGUAGUCCAAGAUGGAUUGAAAAUAUCCCGCUACAAGGACGAGGAGUUGCUUCGGUUUGCAAAUGCUGGCAUUUCCAAAAGCUAG